CUCCAUGGCAAAACGAUUGAACGAUUGCUCUGAACGUAAUCUCAUUUAUGGGGUGCAAAAAAAAGACUUCACGUCAGAGAGAAUGUAUAAAUGCCCAUCGCUGCUAUAUUUGAGAGGCUGAAGCAACUCCAAGGACACAGUUCAUAGAAGUUUGGUUCUCAGCCUCAAAAUACUCAUUGAAUUGGGGACAACUACUAGGACGCUCUGGCCAAAAAGCUCGAAGAGACUCUGUGAAGGAGGCAGUGAGGAGCCUUUGUUCGCUGACCUGUAUUCUACUCCCCCAGCAUGUGUACAGGGGGCUGCGCCAGGUGCCUGGGGGGCACCCUCAUUCCCCUUGUUGUGUUUGGCUUACUGGCUAACAUCCUGCUAUUUUUCCCUGGAGGAAAAGUGAUAGACAACAACGACCACCUUUCUGAUGAGAUCUGGUAUUUCGGCGGAAUAUUAGGAAGCGGAGUCUUGAUGAUCUUCCCUGCGCUGGUGUUCUUGGGCCUGAAGAACAAUGACUGCUGUGGGUGCUGUGGCAACGAGGGCUGUGGGAAGCGAUUCGCGAUGUUCACCUCCACAAUAUUCGCUGCGAUCGGAUUCUUGGGUGCUGGAUAUUCCUUUGUCGUCUCAGCCGUCUCAAUCAACAAGGGUCCUAAAUGUCUUAUGGCCAAUAGCACGUGGGGAUACCCCUUCCACAACGGGGAUUAUCUCAGUGACAAAGACUUAUGGAGCAAGUGCCAAGAGCCUGCUGAUGUGGUUCCUUGGAAUCUGACCCUCUUCUCCAUCCUGCUGGUCAUAGGAGGAAUCCAGAUGAUUCUCUGUGCCAUCCAGGUGAUCAACGGCCUCCUGGGGACCAUCUGUGGAGACUGCCAGUGUUGUGGCUGCUGUGGGGGAGAUGGACCAGUUUAAACCUCUGCGAUGAGCUGCUCCAACCCUACAGCAGAGGGAAGAUACAUUAAACUUAUUCUUCUCUUCUUGGGGUUGUUAAUUUCCUAUCUGCUUCCUAACUAGCAAAGUGUGGGGAGGGUGGAGUUAUUCCUUCUUCCUUCCAGCCAGCUUUGCUUGAGUUAGAGUUUUGUCAUUUUCAAAUAAAAAAUAGGCCACUUAA